AUGACAACACCACGCGAACACCGUCCCAACGACACUGUUGAGUUAUUACCUUUAAAAUCUGCUCUAGUCAACAAUAAUUAUAAAGAUGAAGACUCGUAUUACCCGCCUCCUCUCAACAACAACCCGUCGAGCUCCAAUCUCUACGACUACACACUACUGUCGAAGAGGACGCCGGCCUCUAAAAGAUUACUAUCACGCACCCAGCAGCCUGCGCCCACGCCGAUGUUGACGUUAUGCGGCGCGCCGCCCCCCUCCAGGAAGAGAGAGGAGCUGACCGCGCUUGCCAACCUCAGGAAGAAGGUCUCACCUGCCUUACUGCAACCUGAACGAAACGCCAAUAAAAACGACAACGAACAAAAUAAGAAUAGUAAUGAAGAGACUCUCGACAAUCGGCCCAAGCUUUUACAAAGGGUGCUUCAAUCCAAGCCAGUGAGCAUGGUGGUUCAGUGGAGCGAGGUCCGCACUGCCUGGCAGGACAGUGACUUCAUAACCGAGUGUCUGUGCUGGCACAACGUCUACCGCCAGAGACACGGCGCGCCACAGCUCUACAUGGCACCAGAGCUAUGCGACUACGCACAGGCGUGGGCGAAUCAUCUGGCGCACACUAACAAGUUCCACUACAGAAAUGAUCGUGAUGUCGGUCAGAACUUGUACCAGCGCCCCGUCAGCGCUCUCCAACCAGAUGUCACAGGUCAAGAAGUGUCUUCGUACUGGUACGCCGCAGUGCGCCAGUACAGCUAUUUCAAAGAGCCUGAUGUCCUCCACGCUAAUGUUAACGCAGGCCACUUCACGCAAAUGGUUUGGGUAGCCACGACGUUCUUUGGCGUCGGGAAAGCUCGAUCCCGAGACGGUAAAGUGAUAGUAGUGGCCAACUACUCCCCGCCAGGCAACUUGUCAGGACAGUUCGAGGCGAACGUCCUCCCCCCUCUACCUGAGAACUUCCCAGACAUACCAACCCCCCCACAACACUGA